CUUCUGUCCGCCAUCGUGGAGACUUUUUUGGCUAUUCCUAAGUCGUCACUGGCUUCGGGUGGUGUCUUCUUUUAGUGACUAACCGGCUUUCAGCUUGUUAUCCUCUGCGACAUAUUAUAGAGAAGCUGGUACAGUGUUCUAGGCAUAUUUUGGACCGCUGUGGAGAAUGUCAGCCCCAUAUCCAAUUGAUCCAUCUAAAGGCCCUGCUGCAAAUGCUGGCUGGACCAUGCCAAAUGCCCCAGGAAGCUAUCCAGCACAACCUGGCUAUGGUGGCCAGCCUGGGUUUACUAAUCCAGGCUACAAUCCACAAGGUCCCUACCCAGUGCAGCCUGUCAGUCCAGGACAGCCAGGAGCAGCUUUUCCUGUAGAACCACCACCACCAUAUUCUGCUCAGCAGGGAUUUGUUGGCCAACCUGGCCCAUAUGCUCAGCCCGUGUACAAUGCCAGCAGUGGUGAUUUUCCUAUCCAGGAUGGGAAUAGAGGAAGGGAAGAAGUGCCAAAGGAUAUGGUGCCAAAUCAGUUUGGUGCAUCCUUCUCUGACAAGGCUGUCAGGCAUGCCUUCAUCCGGAAGGUGUAUCUCAUCCUGAUGGUCCAGCUGCUCAUUACUUUUCUCAUUGUGUCCCUCUUUACUUUCCACACUGGUACAAAGAUGUUUGUACGGAGGAAUGCUUGGGUGUACUACUUGUCAUAUGUUGUGUUUUUGGUCACCUACAUCUCAAUGGUGUGCUGCUCUGGAGUACGCCGUAAAUGGCCAGGCAAUUUCAUCAUGCUGGGGAUCUUCACCCUGGCCCUCAGCUAUGUCACAGGAACUAUUGCAUCAUUCUACGAAACAAGCAUUGUCAUCAUGACUAUUGGCAUUACUUGUGCUAUAUGCUUUCUGAUUACGCUCUUUGCUACACAGACCAAAUAUGACUUCACUGGAUGUGGAAUAUACUUGUUUGUGGCAGCCAUGGUUAUGUUUAUCUUUGGAAUCAUUGCCAUCUUCACCUACAGUAAAAUACUGUACACGAUCUAUUCUGCUGGGAUUGCCCUGCUCUUCUCAAUGUAUAUGGUGUAUGACACUCAGAUGAUCGUGGGUGGGAAGAAACAUGAGAUGUCCCCAGAAGAGCACAUAUUUGGGGCUAUCGUUCUCUACCUUGAUAUCGUUAACAUUUUCUUAGCUUUGCUUUCCAUUUUUGGUGGGAGAGAUUAAAUUAACUUAAAUUUUCUACUACACUGUGAAAUUAAAAGUAACUUGUGAUGAAUAUGAAAUCUCCAAGCAAAAUUUAAAUCUUUGUAAAACUGUCACUAUUCUAGAAUUAAGCUUAUAGAGUAUUUUAAGUAUUUACAUAGUGUUAUUUGCUAUAAACACGUUCACUUGCAUAUAUAUAUAUAUAUAUAUAUAUAUAUAUAUAUAUAUAUAUAUAUAUAUAUAUAUAUAUAUAUAUAUAUAUAUAUAUAUAUAUAUAUUAUAUUUCUGUAUAUAUAUGCACACAUCAUUAUUUAUUUAUCUUUUGUUUAUGGCAAAUUAACUGAAAGAGUAUUGGCUGUUUUGGACUUUGAUAUAAUUGAAUCUCCAUAUACUUAUAAGGUUACAAUAUAUUAAUAAAUUUUAAUUUAAUCAUAGGGUCUAUACACAAGUAUACUGAAUAGUUCUUUGCUGAAAACUAUGAUUAUAUCCAGGGUAGAUCAUAGAAAAUAUCAUUUAUACUAAUUUAUUAUAAUGAACUGGACUUGUUAAAUUUUGUUAUCAGAGUUUAUUUGAAUUUAUUGAAAAAAAUGUUGUAUGUUUUGAAGGUGCAUCUUAUGGUAAAUUGACCAGUAGUUAAUCAGAAAAGUGUAAGAAAAAAAUAUUGAGAAAGCAAUUACUUGAUAAAUUACUGACAACUAUUUCCAUUCCCAAGAUGACAUCAAGUAGUGCAUAAUUGUGUGUAGCAUAAGUAUGGUGCUACACCAGUUGACCCUAACCCUCUCAAAUCUUAUUAUGUCUUUCAUUGACAGAUAAUAUACACAUCCAUUGUAUCACAUUUGCAAGAGUGAAGCAUAACAUUUUAUAAUGCUGCUGAAGUCUUGCACCAAAAAGGGUUUGAGAGGGGGACUUUAUUAUUAAUUUAGUUUCAGAUAUAAUUAUAUAUUUUCUAUUUUCUACAAAGUGCUGAAGUUUACUGGUCAUGAAAAGAAAUUACUUCAUAAUUUAAUGCUAAAAAUAACUGAUCUUUUAUUUUUAAGUAUCAUAUUUUGUCAUGCAGUUGUACUGAAUGUGUCACAGGUUGGUUCUGUUUUAUGUAGUGUAGCAAGUAUUUAUAACUUCCAUUUCCUUUUAUCUUUGUUUGCACUAAUUUUUCUUCUUUGGGAAACUUAAUAUUCAUGUGUGUCAUUUAUACUGAUCAUUCUCUUUGAAUCUUCAUAAAAAAAAAAAAAAAGAAACAUAUGGCAUGACAAGCUCAUUUAAGCUUCAUAGUAUGGGUUUCCUGGAUUUCUUUUGAUGGCUUUUGAAGUAAACUCAUUUCAAGUAGGGUCA